CAUGCCCGUGAUGCCAACAUUCGCCUUUAUCGAAACUGAGGGCAAUCCUGUAAUUUUAACAAAGAAAUCAAUCUCUUCUCUCUGUGCCCUAAUCGCCUGCGAUCUCCCCCUCCCACCGGGUUUUCCCAAAUCUCCCGCCCUUUUAAUAUGACCAAGCUAUGAUUUUUCCUCUUUUUUCAGAUUUUUCUGCAACUGGUUUCUUUGUAUUUGGUUCGAAUUCGUUGUUCUUUGAUUGAUUGAUUGAUUUUCAAUACCUCUGGUUCUCCUUCGUGGGUGGUCGGCAACACUAUUUGUUCUUGUUAAUUUUCAACAACUGGGUUUUCUUAGGAUGGAACCGAUGGAUAUCGUCGGGAAAUCGAAAGAGGAUGUUUCACUACCAAAAGCAACUAUGUUCAAGAUCAUCAAGGAGAUGCUGCCACCAGAUGUUCGUGUUGCAAGAGAUGCUCAAGAUCUUCUUGUCGAGUGUUGUGUAGAAUUUAUCAACUUAAUUUCUUCUGAAUCAAAUGAAGUAUGUAGCCAAGAAGAGAAAAGAACAAUUGCACCUGAGCAUGUUCUCAAGGCUUUAGAGGUUCUUGGGUUUCAUGACUACAUUGAAGAAGUUUAUGCUGCAUACGAGCAACAUAAGCUUGAGACUCUGGAUUCCCCAAAAGGUGGUAAGUGGGGCAGUGGAGCCAUGAUGACUGAGGAAGAAGCGUUGGCAGAGCAACAGAGGAUGUUUGCAGAGGCACGUGCUAGAAUGAAUGGUGGUGUGGCCAUACCCAAGCAAUCAGAACCUGACCGGGGCUUGGAGAGUUAAAGACCUUUCUUUUUCCUGAAUUGUAGGCCAGCAUGCUUGAUUGUUUAUGUGGAUUUUGCAUCUCCUGUAGUCUGUACAUAAGGCCUUUGGAGAUGCAGCAACCGUUAGUAGAUUUGCAUUUUAUUUUGUAUCUUUCUAUGAAUUAUGUAAAGGGAAAAUGACAGACAGGUUUCAUAUCCAUGUCUAUAUGCUCCUACAUAGAAAAGUUGAAAAUUGAAAUCAACC